GCUGGUAUUGCAAAAAGUCGGCCAGUCUGGGGGGCGGGAAUCAAGCGUGCCAAGGGCCCAUCAGAAUCGGAGUGAGAACCAUCUACAUACGCCUCCGGCGCCGGCCUCCGCGAUGUUUUCUUUUCGGAACUCUACUCGUACCUCAACCCGCUACACCGACAAACCUUAAAGAAUAUAGGAGGCGAACACGGGCGCAUGCUGCUGGCGGCUGUUAGGGCUCCGAGACUGGAACCCGCCGGGGCCCACCGACUCAAACAGCAAAGGGACUCGUACAUGCAUAGGGACGAGGCCUCUCGCGCCUUGAUGUGUUGAUGACCACCGCUACGGACUAUAGUGUCCGAAACCUUUCUGCAACAUCGCAAACUUCCCUCCUCUCCGGUAGCCUUCUUUCGGUCAACCAAUGAUCCCGUGGCCAUGCCUAGCUCAAGACCGUAAGGGUUGUGCUCUGUAGAUGGAGAGCACGGCCUAUAUAACGCUUGUGUUCCCUCCGCUCCCCUAAGGAAAGCAAUCUCCGCCUCGUUCCAUAUCGGUUGUGACAUCUUACACCAGUGGCUAACCCAGCUAAUCACAUAUCCUCAAGAUCAACUUCGAAGCCAACUUCAAAAUGGCUCAACCGACAAAGGCCUUUCAAAUACUGGCCAUUUGGAGUCUCUACCUGCUCGGCGCGGACGCCUACUGGCGCAUGUCUUGUGGGGUGAUACAGACCGGCCGCCUUGACCCCAUUGCCUAUCCAGGUGUUGUCUCGGAUCAUGUUCAUAAGAUCUCGGGUGCGAGCAACUUCGGCCCCUCUAACACAUACGAGGACCUAGCUGCGUCGAGUUGCACUUCGUGCGACAUCCAGGACGACAAGUCAGUGUACUGGACGCCGCAGCUCUACUACCAGCACGCCAACGGCAGCUUCGAGGAGGUUCCCAACAGCGGCACCACCAUCUACUACCUUGGCCGCGGCGAAAACCGCUCCAACAUCGAGCCCUUCCCACCCGGCUUCCGCAUGAUAUCUGGCGACCCGUACCUGCGCGCCUACGACAACUCGCUCACCUACUCGAACAUGGAGCGGGGCGUCGCGGGUCGCCCAAUUUCCGACCGUACGUCCUUCCUCUGCCUUGACGGUUCGGCCCACGGGGAGGAUAAAUCCAUGUCGCGCACAGAUUGCAAGGACGGUAUGCGCGCCCAGAUUCACUUCCCCUCGUGCUGGGACGGACGAGACUAUCAGGCCGACCAAUCUCACGUGGCGCACAUGUCGGACAUCGAUAACGGUGUUUGCCCGCCCUCGCAUCCGCGGCAGCUAGCGCACCUGUUCUUCGAGGUCCUUUACGGCGUCAACGACGUGGAGAAAGAGCCUGACGGGAGGUUCGUCUUCUCGAACGGCGACCCCACGGGGUACAGCUUCCACGGCGACUUCAUCAGCGGCUGGGACUCAGGCGUUCUAAAGGCGGCGCUAGACCAAUGCAUUAACACCGAUAACGGCCUAGUCUCAGACUGCGCCCCCCUCGCCAAGUCCGCGACCUCCGUCAAUUGCCCAGAGCGCGGCCCCAUCGUCAACGAGCAAGUCAAGGGCAUGCUGCAAGAUCUCCCAGGCUGCAACCCGGUCACGCCGGGCCCCGAGCGGGUGUCUGCCGACCCAUGUUCCAAGCCGCCCCCCUCCCUCAACAACGCCGGUCAAUAGGGUCCCUCCGCCAUGUUCAACCCCGAAAUCGGCUAGAGGCUGCGCGGAAGCACCUUUUUACGCCGGGCGCGCCGUCGACAGCAAUGCGAGAUCGUCGAGCGGGCACUAGUUCGCGUCCGACGACAUAGCCAUCAAGCGGUGCGCCGCAGUCUGCCAGUCGGAGGGUUAUCCGUCCGCCGGCCUCGAGUACGCGCGGGAGUGCUUCUGCGGCGACGAGGCGGCGCGACGCCGAAGACAGCCUACGCCAGCAACAGGACGCAGUGGUGCGGCGGGAGCGUAACUGCACGGCCGGCUAGCC